AUGCCGCAGAACAACUACAUCGAGCGGCACAUCAAGCUGCACGGUCGGCGCCUAGACCACGAAGAGCGAGAGAAGUGCUGAGAAGUGAGACGCAGACGCAAGAGACUUGCCCGACUGCCGCACACGGUAAGCAAGCAAUGCCGCGCAGCGCGCGGCAUCAAGGCGAAACUGCUGAACCGCAAGCGCUUUGUCGAGAAGAUCGAGGCGCGCAAGAAGUUGCGCCUGAGCACUGUACGCGAGAAGCAAGAGGUCGCAGCCAAUGACGAAGAAGCGCUGCCCACAUAUCUGAUGGACCGCGCCGAAGUCAACAGCUCGAAGGUACUCACGAACAUGAUCCGCCAAAAGCGCAAAGAGAAAGCCGGCAAAUGGGUCGUGCCAAUUCCGAAAGUGAAGGCGUUGACCGAAGCAGAGAUGUUUGGCGUUGUCACGUCCGGAAAACGCCAAAAAAAGGCGUGGAAGCGCAUCUUGCGCAAGGUGACCUUUCUGGGGGACGACUACACGCGCAAGAUCCCGAAGCUCGAGAAAUACAUUCGGCCGAUGGGGUUGCGCAUGAAGAAAGCAAACGUGACGCAUCCACAGUUGAAAACGACUUUUUUGUGCGACAUCGUUUCGGUAAAGAAGAACCCGCAGUCUGUGCUGUACACGAACCUUGGCGCGAUCACGAAGGGCACGAUCAUCGAGGUCGACGUUUCAGACCUCGGUCUCGUUACACAGUCCGGCAAAGUGCUGUGGGCGAAGUACGCGCAGGUGACAAACGAGCCUGACAUGGACGGCUGCAUAAAUGCAGUGCUCUUGACGUAG